AGAUGCUCCUCUCCCAAAGCCACUGCCAUCCAUCCAAACUGGACAUGUUGGACUAGUUGCCGUGUGUGUCCGUGCGUGUGUGUGUGUGUGUAUGUGUGAGUGGAGGAGGAGGGGGGCGCUCGACCAACUAUGUGGAUGAAGCCGCGCUGCGCAUCGCUACGCCCCUGCUCGCUCCAAGUCAGACGGCUCCUUCUCCUCGCGUCUUCUCGUCUGUCGGCUGCCUCUCGUUCAGCACCACUCCUUUAAGGACAGCAGCGCACACCCUCUUCCGCCGACCUUCCAUCUAUCCCUCCUUCUUCUUCUUCUUCGAGCCAAACGUCCAUCCUCCACCCUCGGGAUCAUUUACUCGCCAGCGAGCGGAUCGGAUGCGAAAUUUUCCAGACAAGACGCACAAAAAAAGUGCAAGGAAUUACUUUGGAGGAUUUAUGUUCACCGGGAAGACUAAAUAGUCAACUUGAACCGGGACGGAGAGGCUGCGCGACCCGAACCGGUGCUACUGACGUGGUGCCCCUUUCCUUCUCCUCCUACGUUCGUCCUCGACGCGAGCAUGGCCACGAACGGGACCAAAGCGUCGGACGGCCACGUCCUCACGGAGACCGUGAGCGAGGCGCCGACGAGCACGGCCAACGACAAACCCAAAACGCUGGUGGUAAAGGUGCAGAAGAGCAAAAAGGACAUACCCGAGCGAGAGACGUGGAGCGGGAAAUUUGACUUCUUGCUCUCGUGUGUGGGAUACGCAAUCGGACUCGGGAAUGUGUGGAGAUUUCCUUAUUUGUGUGGAAAGAAUGGCGGAGGAGCCUUCUUGAUUCCCUACUUUUUGACCUUGAUAUUUGCCGGCAUGCCCCUCUUCUUUCUGGAGACGGCUCUUGGUCAGUACACGUCUAUAGGGGGGCUCGGAGUGUGGAAGCUGGCUCCCAUGUUCAAAGGUGUCGGUCUGGCCGCUGCUGUUCUCUCCUUCUGGCUUAACAUAUAUUAUAUUGUCAUCAUUUCCUGGGCUCUUUACUAUCUGUACAACUCCUUCACAACCGAACUGCCAUGGCAGACUUGUGGUAAUUCUUGGAACACAGACCGCUGCUACACCAACUACAGCAUCGCCGACACCAGGAACCUCACCAGCGCCGUGGUAGAGUUCUGGGAACGCAACAUGCACCAGCUGACCGAGGGCCUGGAGAAGCCCGGAGAGGUCAGGAUCCCCCUGGCCAUCACCCUGGCCAUCGCCUGGGUGCUGGUCUAUUUUUGCAUCUGGAAGGGGGUCAGCUGGACUGGCAAAGUGGUGUACUUUUCAGCCACAUAUCCGUACUUUAUGCUGUUCAUCCUGUUUUGUCGCGGAAUCAGUCUGCCUGGAGCUAUUGAUGGAAUCCUCUUCUACAUCACGCCAGACUUUGACAAACUGACACGGUCUGAGGUUUGGCUAGAUGCUGCCACUCAGAUCUUCUUUUCCUAUGGACUGGGUUUGGGUUCUCUGAUCGCACUGGGAAGCUACAACCCCUUCAAUAACAACGUAUACAGAGAUUCUGUCAUUGUCUGCUGCAUCAACUCCUUCACCAGCAUGUUCGCCGGCUUUGUCAUCUUCUCUAUUGUGGGAUUCAUGGCCAACGUGACAAAGAAACCCAUUGCUGAUGUGGCAGCCUCAGGACCUGGCCUGGCAUUUUUGGCUUAUCCCGAGGCCGUCACCCAGCUGCCAAUCUCCCCUCUGUGGGCCAUCCUCUUCUUCUCCAUGCUGCUGAUGUUGGGAAUUGACAGCCAGUUCUGCACCGUGGAAGGCUUCAUCACCGCACUGGUAGACGAGUUCCCUCAUAUUCUGCGGAAGCGCCGCGAGAUUUUCAUUGCCAUCGUCUGCCUCGUCUCUUACAUCAUUGGACUGUCCAACAUCACACAGGGUGGCCUGUAUGUGUUUAAGCUAUUUGACUACUACUCAGCCAGCGGGAUGUGUCUGCUCUUCCUCGUCUUCUUCGAGUGCGUUUCCAUUUCAUGGUUCUACGGCGUGAAUAAGUUUUACGACAACAUUGAGGAAAUGAUCGGCCAUCGGCCCUGUCUGUGGUGGAAGGCAUGCUGGGUUGUUUUCACGCCGCUCAUCGUGGCCGGAGUGUUCCUGUUCAGUGCCGUGCAGAUGGUACCCCUCACCAUGGGCGAUUAUGUGUUCCCAGCCUGGGGCCAGGGUGUAGGGUGGUUAAUGGCCCUCUCCUCCAUGGUCCUCAUUCCUGGCUACAUGGGCUAUAUGUUCCUCACACUCAAAGGCACAUACAAAGAGCGUCUGAGAAUGAUGAUCAAGCCAGUGGUGCUGGUGAAGGCUCAGGAAAACGGCCCGGAGCAGCAGACGGAAACCCAGAACCAGAACCCCGCCACCGAGGAGGCGUACAUCUAGAAUCUCGUGAGCGUCUCUCUUGUCUCAGCGGUUCUCCAUCGGGGUCCGAAAACACCCCCACGAGAAGCGGAAUCAAGGUUGGGAACGACCACCAGACGCCCACGUCUGCUUUCAUUCACCUACCUCCUGGGGACACGUGAGACCAACCCGACCACAUUUAUUCUUAUGAUUAUUCUUAUGAAAUCUGUUUUUAUUUUAUUGUUGUAUCAUACAGAGGAAACUACCCAGACAACGUGUUGUGUAAUUUUAAAGUUCAUUCUGCAAAAAAAAAAAAAAAGACAUUUUAGUAAGAGAAAUAUGACUUAGGAAGUAAAACUAUAUGAAAAAGCUUAAAUUUGGAGACCUGUAUUGAUUCAAUAUUUUAGACUACAAUUACUGUACAAAGACAAAAUAUCUGGUGCAUUUUGGCUUGUAGAAUUUCCUUAAAUAGAUGCCAUGUUGUAGAUGAGAAUUUUAAAUGAAAUGUCUGGAAGUGGAAUGCGAAUGGAGCAAAAUAUAAGACAUCAACAUUAUUCAUUUCAGUUGUUGAGCAGCCACGUCUUGGGGGUUUACGCCUUUGAAAAGCACAAGUAUGCUGAGUUAAAAAGCUAUGACAACAGCAAAAAUAAUGAUACAAAAAAAUAUAUAUAUACACACACACACACACACACACUUCAGUAGGAUAUGUAGCAAAAGACUGUCAUCACUGUUGACAGUUUUGUCUUGUUUUUCUGAUGAACAAUAACUAUGUACAGUGUGUUGUUAGAAUCCUUUAUUUUAUUUUUUUGUAGAAUAACUUUGAGGUAGUUUUGUAUAUUCGAGACAGAGAAGGGCCAAACGCGAGCACACGCCGGUUUGAAUAUUACAGGUGCAAAAUUCAUCGGAGCAAUGUAGUAAAGUCAUCAGCUCUUGCAGAAUGUCAGUUAGGGCGACAUCCCAUCGUGUAUUACGAUCCUCCAAGCAUCCAGUUCAGAGGGUGAACGGGUACUCGAGCAAUAAGCUAAAGUGACAGAGAGGCUGCGACUGACUAUAUGAAGGGUUUCUAGAGCAUACUCGAACCAUAUUUCGUAAUCCACUCCUCAGGAACUAAGGUGGAUGUGACCAAAUGCUCCCCGGAUAUGAAACACUUAAGCGGUUUGUGUGAUAUAAAUAUAUAUUAUUAAAAAAGAAAAAAGAAAAAGAUGUAUACCGUAGUUCCUCAAUUGAAUGGCCGCAGAUGAGGGAGAAAAGUUUAUUAGGAGAGAGAGGCCUUUAUUUGUAUAAAUAUAUUUUUUUCCAAUAAUGACUAACAACGAUUGAGGAAAAUUCCGUUUAACCCGGGACAGACUAGAUCAAACUAGUAAGCGCAUACAGCAACAUUGUGGUGUCAGUCUGUUAGAAUGUUAGUUGUCAUAAGACGCCGUCAAAGCUUAACGUGAAAUACAGUUUUUUUGGCUCUGUGGGUGCUGCUGUUUUGGUUAGCAACAUAGUUCAAAUGGCACCAUGUGAACAACAAAGGCAAUGUUUAAUUUUCUUUGGGCUUCUGAGAGACUGUUUACAAGCUUCAGUAAGUAUUGCUGUUUUGGUUAGCAACAGGUUUAGCUUUAAUGUUUGUGUAUUUGAGGAAGACAUUUAUUCAUCUCAAGCGGGCGUUUGUGGUACGGCCGCUAUUUGAGGAAAUUCACGGUCAUCGAAAUUUCACCUUCUCUACAAAACGUUUCACCUGUGAUCUUUGGAAAAACUGAUCCAAGUCCUGUGUGCGUGUGUCUCUAGCUGUGUGUGUGUGUGUGUGUGUGUGUGUGUGUGUGUGUGUGUGUGUGUGUGUGUGUGUGUGUGUGUGCGUGUGCGUGUGCGUGUGCGUGUGUGCUUUCUUUGUGCACAUUUUAUCUCAUAAUUAUAAAUGACGAUCGAGCGAGGCGACUUUCACAGUGGUUGGGAUUGGUCUAAAUCCCUGGCGACUCCUUUUCAUAGGCUAAAGGAAAACCUAUUAUUACAUAUCAAGUUUGCACGGCAAUAUGAAUAAAGGAUAUCUUGUCUUAUCUUAUUACUGUGAAGAAAGAGUUUAAAAAAAAAAAAACAAUAAUAGAUAUUGAUGAAAAUAAAAUUUGCUUCUGUGGCAGCUACAUGCGACAGGAAUCAGGUUGAGUCCAUCCCGCUAGGUCAUUUUUAUUUAUGCAUUUUCUUUCAAAGUAUGUCAAUGAAAACUACGACGAAGGAUUCGGUGCAUUUUUUUUUUUUUUUUGUACAAAGUUACCGUACUGCAAUUUUCUCUCUUGAAUGAUGUUGUAAACUAGACUGUGUACUACACGUAUCUGUGAAUGUCCGUACAAAUCUGGAUUUUUUUUUUGUUCUCUUUUCUUCUGUCGAGUCAUUGUGGAACAAAAAAAAAAAAAGUGUAUGAUCUGUCGUUUUCCGCAAUAUUAUCAUCAUCAUCUCGGAAAGACUAAAGCACAACUCUCUCUCUCCGCUCUACAAAUGAUCAUAACAGAAUAGCUUAACAAUGCAGAUGAUAUUAAUAAUAAUAAUAAUAAUAAUAUAGAAAUGUCUAGUCAGAGAAUAUUGUUUUGUAUAUUUUUAGCUGUUUCUCGGGCCUGAUGUAAAAUAUUAUAUGUAAAAAUAUAUAUAUCAUAAAUGUCUAUGUGUUCUAUGAAAAAGCAUGAUUGCAAUAUAUGUUAUCUGCAAAAAAUAAAUAAAGAACUAUAAAUUAU